AUGCCACGCUUCCAAGUAGCGAAGGCGGGCGCAGCACCCUGUCGACCGGCAGCGCCGUCAGCUGCAUUGACGGAGACACCUCUCAAUGUCUUGGCCUCAAUGGUGCCUCUACCAAUACAUCCGGUGCAUACGACGGGCAGAGUGCACUGGCUAUGUGCAACAAGCACGAAGUAUCCGAACUACAAAGUCAUUGUCUCCAGCAAAGCCGAGGAGGGGAACGAGGCCGUGUUCAUGAUGGUCAAGUGUAACGCCAUCCCGCCGGUGGACAUUGGCGUGGACAGUGUGAUUCAGAUUUGCCACGCAGAGCUUCGCAAUGCAUAUACCAAACGGACUGAUGGGACGAUCGCCGAGCAGGCUCUUUUCCCAAGACUGUGCUCUCGCGAACUAUCUGUCAACCUGAGCGCAGGAUCGCGCAAAAGGGGGCGCUCGGUGGCGUCGGAAAUUCGCGUUUUGACCGGCGAGUACCUGGAGUAUCCGGUAGCAUCAUUCAGCGUGCUGCCAAGCUUGGCACAGGCGGAAGUCCCUGUUGAGGGCGAGGUGUUCGUUGGGGCCAAGAUGAAGAUCCGAGACGUUGCCGAAGUUGUUAUGGUUGAUGAGCGGCCUCGGCGGUCCAUCCAGGUCAGUGACGCGGGAAGUGGGGAGAGCGCAGCUGCCUGCAAUGUGGUCUUGUACGAAGGGCACGCAAACUCGCCGCUGCUCGUCCGGGGCAACGAGGUGUGCAUCCUUGGGCUGUCGGUGUCCCAGAGAGGAUAUCAUGCCUGCGGCAUGGCAAUGAUUUUGCCUUGGGAGGAGGAGGAGUGAGCCGGCUCCUGGCGGUGCGUAAGCCACUUGUUUCAAGUGUGUGUGGUUCUUCUGCGGCGCUCCUCGCUGAACAAUCACACCAGCAUAGAGGCAUAGAGGCAUCGAUCGACUAGAAAGUAUUCUGGAUCGAGCGGGCAGAGGCACCAUCAAGUUGAAGAGCAUUUGUUUUCGCGUCACGCCAGCAGCGCGGGAACCGGGAACCAUGUGACAGAAGCAUGAACGAACUGUGG